CGUGAGCGUCAUCCUGGGGUCACACUUGCGUGAGCUCUGAAUUGCAAAUAUGGUCCAUUCCCCCGCUUUCACACACAAAUGCACGCACUUCUAUAUAGAUAUAUAUCGAAUUGUGUAUACGUCUAUGUUUCUGCGCAUAUACGUAUCUCUGUGUGUAUAUAUGGACUGUAAUCAUUCCCCUCCGUUUCAAUUCCUCAUCCGAUUUCCAUAUUUCCUGCACAUCUUGAUUUUUAGCUCCUUUUCUGGUUAUUGAAUUCUGCCUAAUCCAGCAUGUGCAGUUUGUUAAAGAUACUCCCAAUUCCUUUUAGCCUUUGAGCUAUUGUUUAGUUGGAGUUUGAGAAGUAAAAAUUUGAUCUUGGUCAUAAAGAUGAGCUGCAGCAUCAGCAAUGAACUGUCUGCUGAUUCAGCUUUGUUUGAUGAAGGUGGCAGUUAUGGAGGGAGCUCAAAUGUUGGAGUUGUUCAGAAGAAAGGGCCAUGGACCUCGGCAGAAGAUGCAAUUUUGGUGGACUAUGUGAAGAAGCACGGAGAAGGUAACUGGAAUGCUGUCCAAAAACACUCAGGGCUUUCCCGGUGUGGUAAAAGCUGCCGUCUGCGAUGGGCUAAUCAUCUGAGGCCAAAUUUGAAGAAAGGUGCAUUUACUCCAGAGGAAGAGAGAUUAAUCAUUGAGCUCCAUGCUAAGAUGGGUAACAAAUGGGCUCGAAUGGCUGCACAUUUGCCUGGACGUACAGACAAUGAGAUAAAGAACUACUGGAAUACUCGAAUCAAAAGACAUCAACGUGUUGGCUUACCAUUAUAUCCUUCUGAUUUUUGCUUGCAAGCAAUUCGGGAGAAUCAACAAAAUCUAAAUGCACCUGGAAUACCUGGUGGAGAUACAGGAUGUCAAAAUCUCUUGCAAAGUAAUGGUUGUCAGACACCGGAUGUGAUGUUUGAUAGUUUAAACACCAAUCAGGGAGUCUUACCAUAUGGAACAGAAUUUCUAGAUGGUUCUGCUAGUAGCUUGUUGAUGAAAGGUUUUAAUUCUCAGUUUUCUCACUUUAUUCCUUCUAUGACAAGACGCCAGAAACGGACUCGAGAACCAGAUGAGUUUAUAUCGUGGUAUAGCAACAGUACUUCAGAUGAUAAUCCCCCAUUUGAUAGGGAUCAAAAUGAUGUUUAUCAAAAUAACACGGCUCAACUAGUAGUUCCAUGUUGUACAUAUGACCCUGAUCCAGUCACCAAGAAGCUAUUAUCUUUUGGUGUAAAUCACAGCCAUUCUAUAUUAAAUGGCCACUUCUCUGCUUCUAAGCCCACAGCAGGUGCUAUGAAGAUAGAACUCCCUUCACUCCAACAUCAAGAAACUAGUUUAGGUCAGUGGAGAUCACCUCCUCUGCCCCCUGUACUCGAAUUAGUGGAUUCUUUCAUCAUGUCUCCACAAUCUGUGCCCCUGCCCCUGCCCCCAGGUUGUCCUUCACCUCGGAGCAGUGGACUAUUGGAAGCUUUAGUUUAUGAGGCUAAUUCAAGGGGCAAUUCAAGGAAUCAGUCUUCUGAAAAGAGUACAAGUUCAUCUAAGAUUUCUUGUAAUAAUAUAACUGACAGUUCUGCCUUGAAAACAUCCUCCACUGAGUUCGGAGGCUAUCAUGACCCUAAGUCCUCAUUGGGUAAUUCAAGUGGUUCAGUUUUAAGCGAGUGCACCCCUACGAGUGCCACUGGAAGUUCACUGGAAGAAAAUGUACCUGGUAUUGAACAAAGUUGGAUCCUGGAUGGAGAGAGGAGAGAAAAUCUGAAUCAAUUGCAUUUCUCCAGGCCUGAUGCUUUACUCGGUUCAUGUUGGAUUGAGCAGAGUGCUUUCUGUUCAAAGGAACAUGGCACUGUGAUGGAUGACAUAACAUCCCUUCUUGGAGAUGAUUUAGGCACUGAAGUAAAAGAUACGAACCCUGGAACUUCUGGUUUGAGUUCUGAAUGGAGUCUUACCUGGAAUAAUAUGCCUGCUGUCUACCAAAUAUCUGAACCUUCCAUGAAUAAUGCUCUUUAAAAUUGAUCUCUGAACGUCGUUCAGCAUGCUCAUAUCAGAUUUUUUCUUGAAGAUCAUUUCAACAAAAACAAAUUCAGAACUUUUCAUAGAUAAUGCAGGUUCAUCUAUGUUGUGUUUCUAUAAUUUCUGUGUUCAUUAAGGCUUUGUUUCUUCUUUCCAUAUUGCUCAUAUGCCUUCUAUCUCAACAUGGGGGUAUAUGAAUUGAUGAAAACAUUAUGAAGAUUUGGUAGAAUACCCUUGUAUUGUCCUCAGUCUUCAGGCACUGUAAUUUGAUGAUUUUUGAAGUACAUGUUUUAGAAAUGAUGUAUUCAUCUAGCAUAGCAUUUCAUUGAUCGGAUACGACUUAGUUCUCUUUUAUUGAGGUCCUGUCAAAGGAAUCAUUUAUUGGUGAGAAGAUAAAUCCUCUAUUUGCUGCAAUAAUACAUUCUUUUUGUUGAAA